AUAAUGCAUUAUUAGUAUUCGAAACAAACACACCCUCAUAGGAUAUGGGUCGGCGAUUUUCGAAGGCAAAGAUAUAGCGGCGGCGUUCUCCGUCGGCGUUACUACGGUGGUCUCUCAAACCUCGUUUUUCUUCUUCUUCAGUCUUUGCCUUUAACACAGGGGGACUCUUGUUCAUCAAUUUCGUCGGUCUCUGCUGCAACUCCUCCAGACAAACUCGAUGUAAGAGACUCGGAGAUUCUUCGACUACUCAGAGAUUACACGGUUUAUCAGCUAAGAAUUGGUCUUCAAUCAGAGCUGUUCUUGAUCUUCAACGCCUUAAGAACAUGGAAGGAGUGGUUGAGGUGGACGUGGACGUGGACGCUACGAUUGCUGAAAUGGUGACUAAAAAACGGGGGAGGAAGAAAGUGAAUAUUGCGGAAAGGAAGAAAACAGGCCAAGGCCGAAAGAAGAAGGUGCAAUCGGUUGCAAUGGAUGGGGAGAGUUUGCCCGGUUCUGCGGAGGGGCACAAUGAUAAUAAUCCUCUGGGAAUCACAGUUUCAAUGUUUGAUUAUUCAGUCAAGAAUCACUUUAGAGCCAUGAAUAGAAUUCGUAAGUUAUGUGGAGAGGAAGAGUGUGAUGAUUUGGACAAACGGGAGUUUGAACGGUUGUCCUCCUCAAUCACUUUCAUAAGAGAAUGGACGCAUUUUAAUUACCAACCAAGAGUAGUUCGGUUUGCUUGUCAAAAUGAAAGUAGUCCUCAGGGAAAAGAUGUUAUUGGUGGGAUAACUUUAUCUCAAUUCUCGGCUGCUACUGUUCCUAAGAAGGAUGGCCAAGAUGGGAAUAUAUUAUCUCCGGUAUCCAGCAAAGACUUUGUAAUGUACGUCGGAGGCUCCGUUUGGGCGUUGGAUUGGUGCCCUAGAGUUCAUCAACAUUCUGAUCAUCAUACUAAAUGUGAGUUUAUUGCUAUUGCUGCUCAUCCUCCUGAAUCUUAUCAUCACAAGCUUGGUGCCCCACUUAUUGGCAGAGGCAUCAUUCAGAUAUGGUGCAUUUUAAAUGUUGGUGCCAAAGAGGAAGAAGUACCUCAGAUGGAAAAGAAGACAAAGCAGAAUUCUAGGAAAAGCACAACAGAAAUGGUCAUAUCACCUCAACCAAAGAAGCCAAGAGGGAGACCUAGGAAGAAGCCAAUAAAUGAGUCUGUAGAUAAUCUCGAUGGCAAUAAUGAAUAUGUGCAACCUCUUGCUGUUCAAUUUUCUGAAAAUUCAUCUCAACCAAAGAAGCCAAGAGGGAUACCUAGGAAGAAGCCAAUAAAUGAGUCUGUAGAUAAUCUCGAUGGCAAUAAUGAAUAUGUGCAACCUCUUGCUGUUCAAUUUUCUGAAAAUUCAUCUCAACCAAAGAAGCCAAGAGGGAUACCUAGGAAGAAGCCAAUAAAUGAGCCUGUUGAUAAUCUCGAUGGCAAUAAUGAAUAUGUGCAGGCUCUUGCUGUUCAAUUUUCUGAAAAUUCAUCUCAACCAAAGAAGCCAAGAGGGAUACCUAGGAAGAAGCUAAUAAAUGAGUCUGUAGAUAAUCUCGAUGGCAAUAAUGAAUAUGUGCAACCUCUUGCUGUUCAAUUUUCUGAAAAUUCAUCUCAACCAAAGAAGUCAAGAGGGAGACCUAGGAAGAAGCCAAUGAAUGAGUCAGUAGAUAAUCUCGAUGGCAAUAAUGAAUAUGUGCAACCUCUUGCUGUUCAAUUUUCUGAAAGUUCAUCUCAACCAAAGAAGCCAAGAGGGAGAUCUUGGAAUAAGCCAAUAAAUGAGUCUGUAGAUAAUCUCGAUGGCGAUAAUGAAUAUGUGCAAGCUCUUGCUGUUCAAAUUUCUGAAAAAUCAUCUCAACCAAAGAAGCCAAGAGGGAGACCUUGGAAGAAGCCAAUAAAUGAGUCUGUCGGCAUGGUUGCCAUAGAUACCCAUGAGCAUGUUACCAAAAAGGGUUCUGGUAGAACAUGGGAGGGUUGCCGCCAAGGAGUGUCUGCAGAUAAUUCAGUGUUGGCAUCAUCAGUCAAGAGCACAAAGUUGCAUGCUAAGUCAAGGGCAGAUAAUUUUAUGCAUCAUGAUGGUCUGCCUUUAUUGACACAGAAUGAGAACAGGGAAUCUUCCUUAGUGAAUCCCAUUGCAUGCUUAAACUCUGGACAGGAUCAUAAAAAUGGUUCCCUGGAAAGUAGUGUUGCUAGUUGUCUUAUUCCCAAGGAUGCUGCUUUGCCUAGAGUUGUGUUAUGCUUGGCUCACAAUGGAAAAGUGGCAUGGGAUGUGAAAUGGCGGCCUUCUAAUGCUUGUGAUAUGGAUUUCAAACAUAGAAUGGGCUAUCUUGCUGUCUUGCUCGGAAGUGGAGCUCUAGAAGUGUGGGAGAUUCCUCAUCCUCAAACAAUGAAAUUUAUUUAUUCUACUUGUGAAGUAGAGGGAACUGAUCCUCGCUUCGUAAAAUUGGAGCCCAUAUUCAGAUGUUCAAAGUUGAAGUGUGGUGACAGACAGAGCAUUCCCCUGACGGUGGAGUGGUCAACAUCAUGUCAUGAUUUUAUUCUGGCUGGAUGUCACGAUGGAGUGGUUGCCUUGUGGAAGUUCUCUGUGAAUGGUAUAACUGAAGAUACGAGACCUUUGCUUUGCUUCAGUGCGGAUACAGUUCCUAUAAGAGCACUUGCUUGGGCCCCAGUUGAAAGUGAUCCUGAGAGUGCAAAUGUUAUUGUCACAGCUGGACAUAGAGGCCUAAAGUUUUGGGACAUACGUGAUCCAUUCCGCCCUUUGUGGGACCUUAAUCCAGUUCAGCGGAUCAUAUAUAGUUUGGAUUGGCUGGCAGAUCCAAGUUGCGUUAUUGUGUCCUUUGAUGAUGGAACACUAAGGAUCCUUAGCUUAUCAAAGGCUGCAUAUGAUGUUCCUGUCACUGGAAAACCUUUUGUUGGGACACAACAGCAAGGAUUCCAUAGUUAUUAUUGUUCAUCCUUUGCAAUUUGGAGUGUUCAAGUUUCACGGCUAACAGGCAUGGUUGCAUAUUGUAGUGCAGAUGGUACUGUUCUUCGUUUCCAGCUCACAACCAAAGCAGUGGAGAAAGACCCUUUGCGCAAUCGGGCCCCACAUUUUCUAUGCGGAUAUUUGUCCGAGGAAGAAUCAACUCUUACAGUAAUCACUCCAUUGCCAGAUACUCCGUUCCCCAUGAAGUCGUCGUUGAAUGAAUGGAGUAAUGCCCCAAGAACCAUACGUGGGUUCUUAUCUGUAUCAAAUCAGGCAAAAAGAGCAAAGGAGCAAAUGACAAAAGGCCAUACAUUUGAUGGUCAAACUUUAGCUCUGUGUCAUGGUGAUGAUACGGGAAUUGAGAUUGGAUCUGAGGACACAUUGGUGUCACCGAAGAGCAAACAAACACCAAAAUCCAAGACAAGCGGUAAGAAAAAGCUGACAGCUGAUGAUCAAGCAUUAGUGUGCAGAGAUGAAGAGACGGAGAAUGUUGAGAGGGGAGACAGUGAAAAAGGGGAGACUGGGAAUGAAAUUGAGGUGUUUCCUCCGAAGAUCGUUGCUAUGCAUAGAGUAAGAUGGAAUAUGAACAAGGGCAGUGAGAGGUGGCUAUGCUCUGGAGGAGCUGGUGGAAUUGUCCGUUGCCAAGAGAUUUGACAAACCUCUUUUUGAUAAAUAAUUUUAUACUUAUCAUGAAGUGUAGCCAGAUUAAAAGAUCCAUAUGUUCAUACCAUAAAAAGAGUUUUUUUUUUUGGGGGGGGUAUAUUAUUUACUGCUUGUGAAAUUCAUUAAUGUUGUUUAACUUAUUUUGCUAAAAUGAAUUUGAAAGGUUUCUGUAAAUAUCUGUUGUUAUGCUUCUGGGUGAUGCAAGUUACUGUAAUAUGAGAAAUCUGUAUUUACAAAAGCAAAAA